UGACAGGUUACACAGGAAUCUACAUUGACAUUCUCGCUUUGUGAGUGUUUAAGACAAACAAGGCGCCACAAAACAGAGCGACAAACCAUUCCACAAGGUAGAGAUGGAAGAUGAGCUUGAACUCUUCAUCAGGGAGCGUAAAGCAAGACUGGCCCAAGACAGAGCUAGUUUGGAACAUGACCCUCCAUACAUGGAAAUUCAGGAAAAACCUCAUAGAAGCUAUGGGUCCCUGCUCAAGGAGAACAUCCCCCCCGGGUUAACUGCUCAGAAGAAAGUGGAAAGCAGCAAUGUGGGUCUUCCCCUUGGUGUGGAGUACCAAAAGAAGAAAGACAGGCUUCAGCAUGAGCUUCGUAUGGACUACAGAAACUACAUUGCACAGCAAGCGGGUGUCCUCAGACAGCACCCCCUUUCACGGAGGGACGUAGGCACUCUAACAGAAGUCCGUAAGGAAUCUUGCAGCGGUCUUUCCCCUCCUGAGAGUCCCAUACAUCAGGUCAGCCGACGAGAGACGACGCCUGUAGACCAGGAGUUGGAGGAAGAGCAGUACACAGAGCUCAGAAGUAGCAGGCGAAUGGGGUUGGACUCAAGUUACAAGAAGCCACAACCCAAAAAGGUUCAUGGCAGGGAAGAGAGGGACAGUCCUUCAGGUUUUGUCGACCAAGGCAGACGAUCAAGAGCCCUGAUCAAAGCUGACGAUGCUGAAUUUUCGACCAGUCUUUUAAUUGGGGAAAUUCAUACAGAUGAAACCUUACAAAGGAGGAAAGAGCGCUACAGAGAGGAGCUGCAGGAACAGAUAGCUGAGCAGCACAGAAACAAACAGAGGGAAAAAGAUUUGGAGCUAAAAGUUGCUGCAACUGGGGUGAACGAUCCAGAGAAACAGCCCAACCGAAUCAGACAGUUUGGACUGAGCAAGAGAAAAGAGUCUCAGCUGUCACGGCAUUCCAUGUUGGGUCAAAGCGAAUCAUCAUCCAGCUUCCCUAAUCAUGAUAAGACAAGCGUUAACGGCAGGCUGAUGGCUCCACGUGAUCUACCACAUGGAGCCUUUCAAUCUCCGCUCAUUGAGUGCCAUGGAGAUGGGCCAACUCCCGAUAGACUGCCUGUUGGCCGCCCCUUCCCUAGAGCAAUGGGCGCUUCCAGAAUUCCUUUCCCCCCUCUUCAUUCCGCUCAUGCAGGCAAUGAAGCAUUCAGCGGUCCCUAUCCAGAACCCCAUUACUACUACAACAACAACAGAAAUCUGCCUGACCCAAACUUUGCCUAUUACGGUCAUUUGCCUUACCCUGCUAUGGGACUUCCCCUGAUUUACUACAACAUGUCACCUGGAGGAGAUGGGCCAAGUCAGCUUGGUGACGCAAGCUCCCAAAGUGGGAGCAGUUUCCCUGAGUCCUCACCACUGCCCAAUACCGAGACUAUUACAACAGGUCCCCAUACUGGUCUUAUGCUUCCAGAGAGGUCCAGGUCAACAAGGGAAAAGACUUUGGACUACGCAGAAUCCCUGAAAAAACAAAUUCAGGAGCAACAAGAGCGGAAGCGCGUAGAGAGGGAGGAGCGGGAGCGCUACGACGCCAAGAUCGAAGCUGACAUGAAGAGACAUCAGCCUUGGGGGCGAGGUGGAGGUGGAGCUCCACUCAAAGACAGUACAGGAAACCUCAUUGCUGACCUCAAGCAGAUGCACAAGUUGAACGUAGAACCCUGCAGUAACCCAAAACAGCAGCAGAGAGCCCCAGCUGUGACAGCCACCUUCCCAGUUGAACACUCCAACCCUAACAUCAGCAUCUCUGGCCACAAGUUGAUUGAAGACGCUCACACUAACCUGGAACAGCAACAGGAUGCCCCAGUUGUGCUUGCAGCCGGCCCAGCUGAGAAUCCGAACGACAAGAUCUCUGGUUUCAACAAUGUUCAAACGCCCCAGAUUGCCCCGGGCACCGUGUCUAAGGCUGAGGAGCAAGAGUACAAAGCUUACCUGAAAAAGCAGAUAGAGGAGAAGCUGCAAAAACAGGCAGAGGAAAGAGAACGGAACAGACUGGAGGAUGAAAAGCUAGAGAGGAAAGUGGCAGAGGAUAUGGCUCGGAUCAAGAGGGAGUAUGAAGAAGAACAAGAGAAGCAGAAACAAAAAGCGCUAUUAAAGGAAAAGGCCAGGGAACAGAAGGAUAUAGAAGCUAAAAAAAAGAAGACUGAAGAGAGGGAGAAAGCAGCACAGAAGAAACGUGAACAAGAGAAGCUUGCUCAGGUCAAGCGGGAGUUGUCCACUCCAGUUCCCACUCUGCAAAAGAGCCCCCAGUCUCCCGUUGUUGAGACCCGUCACUCCUCUCCUCCACGCUCAGAGAAGUCUUUGCUUGGCCGCCAGUCCCCCCCUGUCCCUGCUUGCAGGAAUCAACAACGAGCAGCAGGUGUAUACACACAACGAGUCAAUAAACGUGAUGUGUACAGUGAACUGUCAGCUUUGCGUCGGCAGCUUCGCGCUGAGCAAAAGCGACUUGAAAAUCAUCUGCAUCACAGCGGUUGUGAUGAAAUGGACUCCGGAAUGAUGGGAAGACACGCACGUCCACAAGUGGAUGUUUUUAAUAUGGCGAUGCUGCGGCUUCAGGCUCCAGUUCGAAAGCCCCACUCCAGAAAUAUGGAACCAAGUAAUCUGCUUCAAAUUCAUGACUCGCUUCAGCUCCACACAGAUCGAGAAUCAAGUCUCAGCUCCGUCGAUAUUGAGAGGAUGGAGAGAGUGGGUGUGGCCAGCAGGAGGAGGCAGGUUUACAAUUAUCCGCAUCAGAAGCCCAGCAGCCAGAGAUCCACAUGCACAAAUGACUGUUUUGACGUAUACCCAACUCAUCAAAACGAUCGGGAGAGCGUGAUAGGAAGACAUGCAAGAGGAUCUCUCCUCGACUCGGAUAGUGCUUUUCUUGCUCCUUUGGGAGAUGUUUUUCCUGUGCCAAGUUCCCCAGAGCCUGAAGAGACACCGCUCACAGCACGGGAAAGGAGGAGGCUGACCAAACAGUCAGAGUAUUCUUUGGAACCACUAGAAAACCCCGCCAACUCGGGUAGCAGGAAGCGGCGAGAAGCAGAGUCGAGCAGUGAGGAAAAAAGCCAGGAAAAGAUGUCGCCAUGUCGUGCUGCAAACACAGCAGGAACGGUGGACCUGUCUGACGAUGACCCUUUACUUCCCCAAAUUUCUCACCUCAAUCGCAAACAUCAAAGUUCAAUAGAAUCCUUCUCAACCGAUCCCUGGAUGCGACCAGGUACUUCAGAAACGCUCAAAUUCUUAGAGGGAUCACCGAAGAGUGACCAUUUGACAUCGUAGGAGUCUGUUCACUCUGUCACUGACUUAGCAGAUUAGAUUUGAAGUUCCUGUUUGAUAUAUGACAAACGACUAGGUCAGUCAGAAUGUUUGGUCCUGAUCAAUAGCUUGGUGUCAUUGUUUUGUGACUUUACAGGAAAACCUAUUUAAUAAUUUAUUUUAUACUGUUUUUAUGCAAUGAAAGUUUGAAUAAAUUAUUCUUCAGUA